CCGUGAGAUCAUGUCAAUUGUUAAAUAAAUUUCAAGAGUAGGUAUAUAAUAUUGCUCCGAAAACAAUACUCGCUUAUUCAGUGUUGGUCAACCUUUAUAUCGAUAUGACUUUCACUGAUUUUGAAUCACUGAAUUAUUAAGUAGGUAUUAAUAGUUAUUAGUAGUGCAACGGUAAAAUAAUAGUCAGUAUGGCAUAUUUGAAUUUGGCACAUUUUAUCUGGAUUGGAUUGUUAAUUUAUUCUAGCUCAGCAUUAAAUUCAUCAUGGAGAUGGGAAUGCGAAAACAAUGUGUGUCAAAGAAAGAGGAUCACGAAUGCUACAAUCUCGACAGCACUAAGUCUUCCAGCUUGUCGUUUAUUUUGUACUGAUAGUGCAGGAAUAUGGCCAAAACCUACCGGAGAGUUCUCAAUGGGUAGUCUUCUAACAAAAAUCAAUGCUUACAGCAUAGACGUUGUUUCAAAUUCUUCUGGAACUGCCAUUGCAAAUUUAAUAAAAGGCGCUAUAAAAGAAUUUAAGUCUGAUAUUCAGGCUUCCAUUACAUCGCCUAUAGAGUCUGGAGGAAAAUCUGUAUUGGUAUCUAUCCGUGUAACUAAUUCAUCUAUUAAUCAACUGACUCUACAAACUGACGAAAGCUAUUCUUUGUAUAUUUCGGAAACUAACUAUGGAUUAAUCGAGGUUUUAAUUAUAUCCAACAAUUUCUUUGGAGCGCGUCAUGGUCUCCAAACUUUAAGUCAAAUAAUUAUCUUUGAUAACUUAAGAAACGAGUUACAGAUGCCAAUGGAUGCAAGUAUAACAGACAAGCCAAAUUUUCCGCAUAGAGGAAUUUUAUUAGAUACUUCCAGAAACUUUGUUAAUGUAGAUACAAUUAAAAAAACCAUAAAAGCAAUGGGCGCUUCAAAACUGAACACAUUUCAUUGGCACAUUACUGAUUCCCACAGCUUUCCCUAUGUAUCACGAUCUCAUCCAGAAUUAUCCAAGUUAGGCGCAUAUAGUCCCUCAAAAACAUACACUGCUAAAGAUAUUAAAGAAAUCGUACAUUACGGAAAAAUCAGGGGAGUUAAAAUCAUUCCAGAAUUUGAUGCUCCAGCUCACGUUGGGGAGGGAUGGCAGGAUAGUGGGUUUGUAGUGUGCCUAAAUGCUCAGCCAUGGCAAAAUUAUUGCGUAGAACCACCAUGUGGACAAUUUGAUCCUACACAAGAUAAGUUAUAUGAUGUUAUUGAAGACCUUUAUGGUGACAUGCUGGCCCAAUUUGAACCAGAAUUAUUUCAUAUGGGCGGAGAUGAGGUUGCCUUUCAAUGUUGGAAAAGCACGCCAAAAAUCGUUGAGUGGAUUAAAAGUAAAAAUUGGGAAACCACAACGGAUGAAGGCUAUUUCAAAUUAUGGGAGUACUUUCAAAAUAAUGCAUUGGAGAGACUUUAUAAAAAAGCAGGUAAAAAAAUUCCAGCCAUUAUGUGGACGAGUCAUUUGACAGAACCUCAAAAUUUAAGGAUUUUACCGAAAGAAAAAUAUAUAAUACAAGUUUGGACUUUGGGCAACGAUUCACAAAUUAAAAACUUAUUAGAAAAAGGGUACAACAUAAUUCUAAGUAAUUACGAUGCUUUGUACUUCGAUUGUGGAUUUGCUGGCUGGGUUCAAGAUGGAAAUAACUGGUGUUCUCCUUAUAUUGGUUGGCAGAAAGUAUAUGAAAAUAAGCCUGAAAAAUUAGCAGGAAAUAAAGUUAGUCAAGUGCUUGGAGCUGAAGCAGCUCUGUGGACAGAACAGGCUGACUCCGCAUCAGUAGAUACUCGUUUAUGGCCAAGAGCGGCAGCCAUGGCUGAAGUACUCUGGUCUAAUCCCGCAACUGGUUGGAAAGAAGCGGAGCAUCGAUUUUUGGUACACAGGGAAAGACUUGUAUCCCUUGGAAUAGAUGCUGACGCAAUAGAACCUGAAUGGUGCCUGCAGAACCCAGAACAAUGUAGAAUAGGUGCCGCUUUUAAUAGUCCAAAAAUUGAACUUUAAAAUGUAUUGUUCGUAUUAUUAAUAAAAUAAUUAUUGUGAAA